UAAAAAUCUGUUGGCCAACACGACUAGUAUCAUCGUUAGACGCAACGUCAUUGCAUCUCUAUUCACUCUUGUUGACUUUUUUGAUAGUUUCUUUAUCACUCGGAAGCUUCUUUAUAAGUGAAAACUGAGUCAUCGUUUCUCUCCUUUAUAUUCACCAAAAAGCAUAUGUAAUGAAAAUAGGAAUGUCGUAUCCAUAUGUUUAAUAUUGAUGGUAGUUAUAUAAUAUUUGUUUUGUAUGCAUAUUGGUUUCCACCAUCGCUACACUGCUGGGCGCACAACACGAAAACUUCAUCAGGUAAUAAGUAUUCAUGUUGAUGAAUGACCGCACUUAAAACAUUCUAUAAUAUAAUAAUAUAUCAUCGACAAUAAUCCACAACAAUCAACUGAAUAUACAAUGUUCUCCUUGAGUUUAUUCAAUGAUAUACUCCGGCCAUUCAACACGACAUACAGAUGCUGGUCAGUGUCAAUGCUUCCUGGAACCGAACGAGAAGAUGUUGAACGUGGUGGAAAAAUUAUAAUGCCCCCAUCUGCUCUGGAUAUAUUGACCCGGCUAAAUAUCAACUACCCGAUGCUGUUCAAGCUAACUAAUAAAAAAACCAACAGACAAACACAUUGUGGUGUAUUAGAGUUCAUUGCAGACGAAGACAAAAUAUAUAUUCCUUAUUGGAUGAUGAAAAACAUAUUGCUUGAUGAAGGAGAUAUGGUGCAAGUUGAAAGUGUUUCAUUAGAAGUAGCCACCUUUUCAAAGUUUCAACCUCAAAAUUCUGAAUUCUUAGAUAUCACAAACCCAAAGGCUGUUUUGGAAAAUUGCUUACGCAAUUUUGCUUGUCUGACUACUGGUGAUGUAAUAGCAAUAAAGUACAAUCAAAAAAUUUAUGAAAUGUGUGUGUUAGAAACCAAACCGGGUAACGCUGUUAGUAUCAUUGAAUGUGAUAUGAAUGUUGAAUUUGCCGCACCAGUUGGUUAUCAGGAACCUACGCAUAUGAAAAAACCAGCAGAAGAAGAGAUGAUGGUUGAUCCUGCUGAUUUAAUGCCAGAACCAACAGGGUUCAUAGCGUUCAAAGGUUCGGGAAAUCGACUAGAUGGAAAAAAAAAGAAAGACAAUUCUGAUGAUCAAUCGAAUCAAGUUAGAGCAGUGUACCAAAGAGGAAUUCCAGAUUAUGAUUAUAAUAUAGGAACUAUACAGUUUAUAAGGAACAUCCGGUCUGUGAAUAAAGACAAAGAGGAUGAAAAUCAAGAAGGAUUUAAGCCUUUUGCGGGUUCCGGAUCAGUACUAAAAACAAAAAAAAAAAAAAAAUAGUACCAUAAUCGUAUUUCAAAGCAUGUACAAAUUUUAAUUUUUAA